AUGUCUUCCUCUAGUCAAGCACCCGAAAGCUGGAUCUCCGCCUUCUGCUCACUCGUGGGCCAUGAGUACUUCGCAGAGGUGUCGGAGGACUUUAUAGAGGACGACUUCAAUCUGACAGGUCUGCAAAGUCAGGUUCCCAUGUACAAAGAGGCCCUCGAGAUGAUCCUGGAUGUCGAGCCCGAGGAUGCAAGUGAAGAAGAGGACGAAGAGGACGAGGACGAGGAUGAGGAUGAGGACGAAGAUGAACUGCAGGACGGGGUGCGAGGUGGCUAUAGAAGAGCAGCAGAUGCAGCCGCAGCUGCAGCGGAACGCAGGCACUUGAGGAUGGCAAGUGACCUGAGCGUGAUUGAAAGCUCAGCAGAGAUGCUCUACGGCCUGAUACAUCAGAGGUUCAUCACGAGUAGGCCUGGGAUUCAACAGAUGGCAGAGAAGUACGAGCUGGGCCACUUCGGACACUGCCCGCGAGUCUUCUGCCACGGCGCGAAAGUGCUCCCCGUGGGUUGCUCAGAUAUACCCGGCCAGGAGACUGUGAAGUUGUUCUGCCCGAGCUGUCUAGACGUCUACAGCCCUCCUAACAGCCGCUUCCAGACCGUAGACGGAGCAUUCUUUGGAACGACGUUUGGCUGUCUCUUCUUCAUGACCUUCCCGGAGCUUGAUGUCGGCGGGCAGAAACCUGCAUUACAACAGCUUGACCCAUCCGUCUCGGCAUCGUCACCGCUAUCUGGUAGCACUACUGCGCAGAACAGCAGUAUAGACAAGACUUCACGCGGCUCCCUUUCAUCCUCUCUAACAUCACAGCAACCAGGUGUUCCACCUCCGCCAUUGGGCGAGAAUGCUGCUUUGCCCAAGCAACCAGACCAGAUCAACGGAGUCGCGCCUCGGAACCUUGCACCAGGGUUGGGAAAGGGCAAUAUCUACGAACCACGAAUCUACGGCUUUCGUGUCAGCGAGAUAGCCAAGACAGGACCUCGAAUGAAGUGGUUACGAGAGCGGCCUGAGAAUGUCAACGACCUCGAUGAGUGUGCGACAUGGGCGCAGAACCAGGCAGCAAUGAUGAAUGAAGCAGCCGCGGCGGCGGCAGAAGCGGAAAUUGGCGAUUCGGAAAUGGCUGACGAUAACGAAGAAAUUGAUGAUGGGGAGGUAGAGCAUCAGGACAUGGAUGCAUCGUCUGCGACGGCUGUUAGGAGUAGCGGCCAGGCAGUACAGGAAGUUGCGCAAAGGAGGAAGCCGAGCGGAGGUAGCCUGAGAAAACAGCGGCAUCACCAGACGGGACUGGUAAACGGUGAUUCAACGAGAAGCGUGAGGGUCGGAGAUGGCGGUUGA